CACCCCCCCACCAACGCCCUGAAGCUCCACAACAAACUGCUCCAGCCCGCGAUGAGUGGCUGCAUCUGGCAAUCAAUACACAAGAAUGCUGCCCGCAUGUAAACAGCAGCAACGAGCAGUCGACGAUAACGCCAAAUCCGGCCGGCCACGAUCCGUUGACGCAAAACUCGCGGACGGCCGUAAACUGGCGGCAGUGACAAAUAUUGGCGCCUCGUCCGGGACAGGCGGCAACAGCGCGUCACAAUGAUCAGCUGGGCGCUGAAGCGCAAUUCGGACAACGCGCGCGACGCGACGGCAUCUGAUGAUACCACCCAAAUUGAAGCACCCGAUACGCCUGCGCCCGUUUUCGCCGUGCGCGCGUUGAAGACGGCGCUGUUUGGUACUCCGGCUCCCAGAGAUCGCAGACCUGCGUCGAAAACAGGCAAGGACAAUACGGCGCCGCAGAAUGGCGACCCAACGGCGGCAAUUGCCUCGACGGACAAGUCUCCAGCAAGACCUCCAGGUAUACUCCUGACCCCAGGCACCGGGACGACGCGCCGGAAACGCGUAUCCUUUGAUCAUGAUGUGAAACAAGGCUCCGGAGGGACUGCAAGGGCCAGUACGACGGGAUUGCCGGACAACUGCCCCGGAAAGUUCCCCAGCCCCUGGGUUGACAGGAACGGGGACGAAGCGCAAUCACGGCCAAAGACGAAGUUGCAACAGGCCAUGGAGAAGUCCCGUAAGGGCAGCGUCAAACAGAACGCAUCUGACGUGAAAGAUUUUGCUUAUCCGUCAAAGGAACCAGAGGAUGCAUGGGAAGAAGUUGAGGAUGAUGACGAGUCGGAUAUCGAGGCCGACGUUACCACAGACCUCAACGAACCCCAUUCGCGUUCCGGAAAAUACUGGAAGUCCUACUUUGAGACUUACCACAGCGAUGCAAAGACAGAGAUGGAGAAGCUUGUAAAGUACAAGCAUCUCGCUAAGUCUUACGCAAAAAUGAAAGACGCCGAGGCGCUCGAGCUUAGCCGGAAAUUGAAAGAGGAACAGGAAAAGGUCAAGGCAAUGGAGGAAAAGGUUGCCGAGAUGUCCCGCCAGGUGGCGUCAGCCUCUACGAGGAAGGGGGGCGAGAGCGACCAGGCGUUGCUGGAUGAAGUCAAGAAACAGACAGCCCUCGCGGCGGAGUACAAACUGCAAGUGGAGGAGUUGGAGAAUCUGCUUCGGAACAAAAUCGAUGAAGGAGGUGGAGACGGCCGUCAGCGGCAAAGGCGGACCGCAUCGCCCCGGACGCAACAGACUCUGAUGGAGACCCAGCGGGAGCUGAGGCGUGCGAGAUCUCAACUUCGCGAGCUGGAGCGGCUGCAGGAGGAACGGGAUCGACUAAGAUCCGACCUGAAGUUUGCCGAACAACGGGCCAGCAAGCUCGCCGAGGAGAAUCGCAAGCUGUCUAGCGAGCUGUCGCUGGGUGCAUCGAGAAUUAAGGACCUGGAGAAGCAGCUGGAAGAUUCCAAGGGUUCCUACGAGAAGUUGAAGGAUGAUGCCAAGUCCCGGUAUCUCGAGGCCCAGCAGGUCCUGCAGAAGAAGAACGCGAAAAUCUCGGAGCUUCAGGAGGAGAUCGAGUCGCUCAAGCAGGGCGGAGCAGACCACAGACGGGCAACUCGGUCCACCCGCGCGAAGAGUCUAGACGAAAAAGCCAUAGCACGCAGACCUUUAGAGCCGAUGGAGAAGGAGGGCGCCCGGAUGCUGAGGGAACUCGACGGACCCAGACGCCAAAAAGAUGGCGAGAAAGGCGCGACGGGAUCAGCAGCGUCGGCGGCGACUAGACAAAGGGCGAAGCGUAGCAGAGAAGAUCUCAAGCGUGUACCGCACGACGACGAGACACUUGCUCAGGCCCGGGCUCUCAGGGAGAAGCUCGAGGCCGAGUUUGGCACGAAAGGGCUCCCUUCCGCCUCUGUCUUCGAUGAUCGCGGCAAUUUACAGGAUAGUCGCAGCUCUGCAUCGAGCGGCCGCUCUGCCCACUCCCGGGAGGACCAGCCGAACGCGAGCCGUCCCGACCGGCCAUCCCGGUCGACCUGGGCAGCGACGUCGACAGAGAAGGCAGCCCUAGACGACCUUAUUGCUGGGUGUCGUGAGAACAGAGAGAGCAAGACGCCACUCGAACAACCAAGACGAGUCCCGAUCCGGCCCGUGUCGCGAGAAAGCGACGCAUCUCCUGACACGGGGGCCGCAAACGCGCAGAACAGCGCCGUCUGGAGCACGAUGAAAACCUCCCGCACUUCGAUACCGGAGCACCGGAAGGCAGCGGCGCUUGCUCGGAUCCAGCGGAGGAUAGCGGAGAGGAAGAUGCUACAGCAACAGCUCGGGCGCGAUAAGGAGAAUGCUCGGAGUAAUGCGUAACGUUGCUUGGCUGCUCUGUCUACCUGGGGUUGGGCUCCUGGCAUUGAUCCGUGGAAUGUUUGCAUGUUGUCUCUCCUAAUGAUUGGUAACUAGGUAUUGUCAUGAGGCUUUUGGGCAUGGUGUUUUGAGAUAUCCUUUCCUAUGUAUGUCGAUGGGUUUGGUUGGUCGGGAUUGUUCUGUUAGUACAGUACCUGAGAUUCGGGAACAGCGUCGUAUGGGAUUAGUGUAAUUGAUUUUACCUACCUGAUUCGGGGCAGAGCGAUCAGAUAAGCUUAUCAAUUGAUGUCGAGC